UCCAAACAACCAAGAUGGGAAAAUUCUACUAUGAGCACUACAGAAAUACGAGCAUCGGUAUGUGUCUCGCAGACACCCUCGACGAGAUGAUCUCCGACGGCCGAAUCGUCCCUCAACUCGCUGUCAAGAUCAUGGAAAACUUCGACAAAGCCAUGGGCGACGCCCUCGCCGAACGCGUAAAGUCAAAGAUGUCUUUCAAAGGCCACCUCGACACAUAUCGUCUCUGCGAUGAAGUCUGGACGUUCAUUAUUAAGCAGCCUACGUUCCGGUUUGAGAAUGAGACUGUGAGUACGGAGAAAGUGAGGAUUAUUGCGCAGAGUUCGAAGCAGAAGGU